AUGAAUAUUUUUUUAUCAAACAAUAAUAAUGGUCCAGUUUCUCUGAUUUAUAAACUUAUUUUUCUAAUUAUAUUUGUAACAUAUUUUCCUCAAAAAAUCCAGUGUUUUAUUAAAAAUUUUGACUCGAACAUUAAAUUUAAUAAUAAAUAUUAUGGUUUAUUGAAUUUAAACCUUGAAAAUUUUAAUAGAAGGACAUUUGAACCAUCGUUUCGACUCCAAAGUCGUACUUCAAUUGAAACCGUUAUACAUACUGCUGAUUAUAAAAAUUAUGAUCCCAACUGUAUAAAAUAUCACAAAGCUAACUAUUGGAGAGAAAAGUCAGAUGAGGAAUUACACGAAGAAAUUAGGAAGAUUCGAAAAGUAUUAGUGAAAAUAGAAGAAUGCAUAAAAGUUAAAGAUCCUACACUUUUGCCGGAUUCAAAGAAAAAUGCAAAAAGAACCCAAGCACAGCUGUUGUUUAUACUCCACGAACGUCACUUAAAUUCUUUGAGAAAUUCACAAAAAGCCACAAAAAACUCAAAUAUUAAUAAAUAA